UGCUAUGCUAAAUAAAAAUGCAAUUACAUGUAUGAUUUAAUGUUGCAAUUAUUAACACUGAAUUUGCAUAAACAUAAACAUAUUUGGUACAUAAUAACUUGCAAAACGUACUUAUUAAGUGUUUAUUGAAAUACAUGUUAUGUCUCUUUCAUAUAUAAUUAAAUCUUAUUGUGUAUUUUAAAGGAAGGAAAUGAGUAAUACCCCUCUCAUACCCACUUGAAGUGCACAGUUUAAAGUGUAUACAUUUUACUUGUCUCUGUUUAUCAACGUUUAAUCAUAUUAUUCGCUUGUAUACGGAACAUCGGAUGUCUCAAACAGUUAAUUUGAUUUGAGAUCUUGUAUAUAAGGAAUAAAAAGUUUAAAAAAUGAGCGUCCAAGGACGAAAGAAAAAUAGUGAUGAUAAUGUUGUGCCAAUCUGUUGUAAAUGUGAAGCUACAAAGAGGCGUGAAAGCGUAUUUGGAUAUUGCAAAAACUGUCAAAUUCACCUAUGUUAUAAAUGUUAUCAAUGCCAUAAAACGGAUAAAAGUUCAGUCUAUCAUGACAUGGAAAAGACGACUCCUAUUCCAGCUAAGGACCCUUUACCAAAAUGUCCACAGCAUGAAGAUGAAGAAUUAAAAUAUCACUGUCGCAGACAUGAUGAAAUAGGAUGUAUUGCAUGCAUGUUGUCACAUAAGAGUUGCGAAACGGAUUAUAUCCCUGAUAUAUCGGUACAGUACGCUUCAUUAGACGAGUAUAUAGACUUACAGGUCAGUAUGCAGAGUCUCAAUGAAAGGUUGUCUCAAAAUUUGAAAAAAGUUAAAGAAAACUUAUUGCUCAGUGAAACAGCAUUUCAGAUUACUACUGAUGCAAUUAAAGCAAGAAAAAUAGAACUCAUCGAGUACAUAAACGAACAAGAACAGAAAGUUCGCAACGAAGCUGAGGCGUACAUAAAAGAAAGUAAAGAUAAAAUGGCGAAAGUUCAAUCGGACUUGAAUCAGCUUGAAACAGAAAUGCUAAACACAAAUAAGGUGUUAAGCAAUUUAAAAAAGGAGAAAAGGCACAAUCUUUUAUUCAUUGAAGCUAAACAUGCUGCUAAAGUAACGGUCAAACAUUUUGAAAGGAUGUAUGAAAUUUCUGCGAGAAAUCUUGUUAACGACAUGUCAUAUCUCCCAACUACAAAACAUAUCAAAGAUGACACCAUCUUUGGCAAAGUAGUUAUUGAAAAUCUGAAACAAAGACAAUAUAGCUCACCAGAAUUAUUGGACAAUAGAGAAUCAACUCAGGUUAAUAUCAAGUCCGAAAGUGACAAGAAGGUGUGCUAUGCAACUGGACUAGCAUUUCUAUCGGCUGAUCAUCUCGCUAUAGCAGACAAAGCCAAUAAAAAUGUGAAAAUUGUGGAUGUAUCUCACGACAAGAUUGUUUCUCACAUUGAGUUAACAUCGUCUCCCCGAGAUAUAACGGUAAUACCACCGGACCAGCUUGCCGUGACACUUAGAGAUGAAGAACGUAUUCAGCUGUUGACAACGUUGAAAGGGUUGACAAAAACAGAACAAAUACAAACAAAUGGAAAUUGCCGAGGAAUAAAACAUGAUGACGGGAAACUUAUUGUGGCCUUUGACAGUAUGGUGCGACCAAAAAUAGAAAUCUUAAGACUUAACGGAGAUGUACUGUGUACUUUCCAACUGAAUGAGUCUGGGUCUAUGAUAUUCAGUGAACCAAAAUGUAUAGGUUUGAGUCCAGAUAGCAGUCGAAUGUAUGUUUCAGAUUUAAGUAAAAUGUGUAUCUUUAACUUGUCAAGAUUGGGAAAUGUAAAUGGCACCUUCGGUCGGCAUAGGUACAUGGGCCUUGCUGUUAGCGCAGGCGGCUCUGUAUACGCAUGCUCAAAGUCAAGUAACUCUGUAUACCAGAUGCAAGACGAUCUGUCAAACGAUGAAGCAGUGUUGACGAUCAUUGACGGUAUUAAAGCACCAAUAGCUCUUGCUAUUUCUAAUACAAGGAACGUGCUAUAUGUGAGUUGUGGGAGCAAUGAUGCUGAUGUCUCUAACAAAUUACACGUGUUUAAGAUUAAACAUAAAAAUGAGAACACCUCAAUAGAUAUUAGUUCAGAAAUAGCAUAAUGAUAUGUUUUGGAGUCCAAGCACUGGUGUCAAUAAUAAAACUUCCCACACAAAAACAGAUAUAUGCAAGCGUCCGGCAAUAUACUUGUACAUUCAAAUAUCUCUUUAUCUGUAUAAAGAUAUACUACACAUCACGGUCAAGUAUACUUUGUUCGUUUUUGACCCAUUUGUGUUUGCCUAUUCAUUCGGUUAAACCCCCGCAGACAUGUAUUUACACAAUUUUAGCAUAUAUUUCAUGUCUGAAGUACACAUAUUUUGAGUUUUAUUGUCCUAUCAUACAUUUGGCUAUACAGAGAAUAAUAAAAUAUUGCAAUGGAUGAUUUGAUCAGUUAAAGGUUUUGUGUUCUGCUUUUAUGGCGAAACCUGAUAAUUUUUAUAUAACAUUGUUGUUUUCUUUAUCGUAUUGAUGUUUUAAAAUGAUAAUAAAAACAGAGAUAUUGUUUAAAAUAUGUUUUAAUAAAUUAGGAAUCGAACGUACUACCUCUGUAAUCCGCCCACUGAGCUACCUGUGUUUCGGAAUUACUGUUGCUUAACGAUAAGAUAUUUUUAUCAACAGUUUGGGCUGUUACUUGAAAUUAAUUAUAGCUGUCAUAUGUUGCUGUACAGAUCUUAAUAUCCGUCCCCAAGGGACUCGCCAAUCGGCAGGUUCCCGAAGGACGGAUAUUCCGAUCAGAUUGGAAAUUUAUAUCCUUACACCCUUAACUAUUUUCGUACAGUAGCAUAUGAAAUAACUUCAUUCACAACGGCGAAAUAACGUCAUCCAAAGCAUGCCAUUGUAUAGCACGCAACUCAUCUGGCACCCCUAUGAUAGAUGAAAUAUCCGGCAUGGGUAAAAUUAACGCAAACACCAGUCUGAUAUGCAAGAAAUACUCUGUCAGUUUAUGUUUAUAAAUGAAAGUCUGGGUUUCUAUGUAGUGAUAUAAAGCCCAUAGUAUUCAGAGUAUAUCACUCAUAGUGUUGUUAACAUAGCUUUGCCGAUUUUUUUGUCCUACGUAUUAAGUUAUGAUUCCCUAUAUAUGUAUUGUGUAUCUUGUUCUUUCAAAGCAUAUUUCUCGAUUCAAUGACAAUUACUGCACUAAAGUAAUCUUUUUCCUCCGCAAUGAUGACAUUAUUCCGCUGUUAAACUCAUUUUUAAGUAACAACUGCGCUGAUAAACUUUUUGGGAAACCUUUAACUCUUGACAGACAUUUGCUCAAUCGUAUUUUAAGUACCAUAAAAAGAGAAUUUCAAGAAAAUUUAUGAGUUGACAAAUUUGAUUUCAUCUGUUCUUGAACGACACUUGAUAUAUUGUCCUUGCGACAGUGAACACUUUCAGGGCUUACUUACUUUAAGUAAUUAGACAAUAAUCCCAUUUAGUCUUUCGAUUGUUAUUUUAUUUCCAAUGUCAAGUUGUUUUCCAAGUAUUUCUCUUUAAUCAUAUACAUGUAUAUAGUAACAUGUAGGGGCUGAUAUACAUUAUAUAAAUCAGAAUAAACACUUGAAUGUUAAUAAAAUAAGGAAGAUAUUACAUUACGUUGGUAUCAUUGUUAACUUAACGGACAUAAAAUAAUAAGAGUAUAUAAUUAAGAGACAAUUGUUCUGUUAAGUUAAUGUAAGUAAGACACUUGAAGUUGUUGAAAUACAUUCCUGCUUUAUAUUAAAUUCAAU